AUGAUUGGAGAACAACAAAUGGUGAAAAGCUACGCAAUUGCCAAUAAGUGUGUGCGGUUGCAAGCACGGCGGUGGAUAUCUAUCCAGCCUGUGUCGAAAGUUGUUGUUGAUGCAAAGAAGGCGGAUGUUGUUCCGGUUUCCGAGAACGUUCCCGACUUGAACUCGGAAAGCCACGAAAUCCCAACCGAGGUCGUCUUCGAAACCAUUGGCCAGUCUCAGUCCACGUUGUCGUUGACUGUUCCGCCUUCUGUGCCAAUACACUUGAAACGCGGCUCGUUGAUGUCGCUGUUCACGGCGUCAGAGACAAAGUCCAGCUUGAAAGAUGUCGUUCAGUCGUCUUUACAAUUACAAGAACCGUUCAAAAGGCUGGUGUAUGGCGGCCACGCGUCGCUAUACCAACGCUUGGUCUCGACUGUGCCGCUGGCGUUGCUUGUUUCUGCAUAUAACCCCAAGUCACUUUUCCGCACGUCGCAGACUUCCAAAACGUUCUGCAAUAUCACUUUGGACGGCACGAUCGACUGGGCGUUGUUUAAAACGGACUCGUUGCAAGCGUACGGAGGCAACUCUUUGGUGAUCAGUUCCCAGAGACUUCCGCAGACAGUGUCGAGAUCUGGAAUCCAAGCGUUUGGACUUCCAAAAGGUUCUGUUCCGGGGCUUUCCAAGAGACCGUUUUCCGGGUUCGAGCACGUUGCGGGACGUGGAUUUGUGUCGUUGGUCGGCGAAGGUUCGAUCUUCAAACUGAACUUGGAAGAGGACGAGGAGAUUCUGAUCAGAAGAGAUAACCUGUUUGCUGCUUCGAUCAAACAGAAACAAGACCUGCAGGAUGGGUAUUUUGUUCUACAGACACUUACCAGACAUCUGGAGACCGGAGAACGGGAGAUUGUGAUUGAUUCGGAGGGGAAGAAGACGUUCUUCGUCAAGGCUGGAGAUUACGUGCUGGAUCUGUUGAAGGCGUUCAAGGAGAAGAGACAGUCCUGGUUCGAGAACGUGAUUGGCAACGGAAGUUACAUCAACGUCAAGGGACCUCGCAUCUUGCUAAUACAGGCCAACACUGGCUCCGACAAGUUUUCUCUUGGACAGAACUACAACGUUUCCAAGAUCGAAAAGUACAUCAAAAAGGACGAAUUCCAGCAGCCAAAGUUGGUCCCAUCAUCAGACACUAAAGCUUGA